AUGAACAUGACGACAACCACAGUCCAGACGCGCCAGCUCAAGGUUCAGACUAAGGGUGAAACUCCAGAAAACCCCUCAAAAUAUAUACGAACUCCAAGAAACUAUAAUGCAUUGCAAGUUGGGAUCAUGGAGUUUCUGGAUAUGCCGGAAUCUAAAUCCCUCCUCACCAACAUUGGAAUAUCCGUCGAAACGAUACAGAGAGCUCUUCCGAAACGCUUUACCGUUUAUGAGCCCCUUUUACUUCUUCCAACGAAUACUUUCAAUGCACCUCCUGAGUGGAGCACCUUCUACGCAGAGUUGCCAUCCGAACGGCGCAAAGAACUAUAUGCUUCGAUAGCGAAAGCUUUCAAGCGACUGGGCGUUACUCAUAUUGCAAUAAAUUCUUUUAUAUCUUUGACGAAUACCCAAGGGCUUGAAAACCGGAUGCGCAGUCCUUCUGGUUUGGUUCCACUAUAUGGUGAUUUUCAAGACCCAUACAUAAUUCCGGCCUCUAGCGAUGGAAACGCACAGCCCCAAGCCAAGGACCUCCAGGCUGCCCUUUGGGUACGGACAGUGCAGAAUAAAGGCAUAAUACAGAUCUGGGCGCCACUAUAUACAAUGUUCUCGCGAGGAAACAUCACGGAAAAAGCACGAAUCUUGGGAUAUGGACCGUCCCAAGGCACGUUCCAAGGACUAGACAAACAGUCUCUGCAACAAUCACCGGCAGACACCAGCGUUGUUGACAUGUAUGCUGGUAUCGGCUAUUUCACGUUCUCCUAUCUGAAGAGAGGUGUCAAACGAGUAUGGGGGUGGGAACUCAACGGCUGGUCCGUGGAAGGACUUCGGCGAGGCUGCGAAGCAAAUGGAUGGGGCUGUAAAGUUAUUUGUAUAAUGGAAGACGGUCAAACGGAGGUACCCAUUAUAGACCUUGUGGAAAGUCUUACGGAAUCGGACCGUGUUGUUGUCUUUCACGGAGACAACAAGUUUGCAGCAAAUAUCUUGGGAAAGAUCAAAUAUAUUAUGGAACAAUCAGGAACAUGGAGGCCCGUUCGCCACGUCAAUUUGGGUCUCUUACCAUCUUCACAACCAUCCUGGGGUAUUGCAUGUCGGGUACUUGACCCGCAGCGAAGAGGCUGGCUCCAUGUUCAUGAGAAUGUCGAUGUGCAGGAGAUUGAAAAGAAGCGGGAGGAAAUAACGACCCAAGUCGCGACACUUCGAGCUCAGGUUCACCUUGAACAGAAGAUUUCGCAAGAACCGGAAAUUAACUGUUGCCACGUGGAGCACGUCAAGACGUACGCGCCUGGUGUUAUGCAUUGCGUCUUUGAUAUCAGCUUGUCGGGGGCAUGA